UUGGUUCAGUUUGUGCAAUAAUUUUUGUGUAAGAUGUUAUGAAACAGAUUUAAAACAUGUCCUUAAAAAGUUUCGCAGAGGACUAUUUUAAAAAUUUAAAUUCCAUCUCUUCACGAUUACACCAAGACUUGGAGGAAAUUAAAGCCUCAUAUGAAGAUCUGUGGAGUACCUUACCAGAAAAGGAACAACAGUCGAUUCUCUCUGAAAGUAUCAUAAAACCUGAAAUAAGUAUCAAAUAUUGUGCUUCAGAAAAGCAAACCAAAAACGACUAUGCCGUUAAAGUGAUUUUUGAUGAAAACUGCUCAUAUCGAGAUGAACAUUCAAGUCCAUUUAGUUUUAAGACACAAAGCCAAAGAGAUCUAAACAUAUUUUGUAAAGAAAAAGAAAACAAAGUACUAGAAAAUAAGAUUAAAUUGCCCUCUAAGCUACCAUCAGUUAAACCCAAAGUUAUUUUGUCUUAUAAUAAAAUUGAUGACAAUUUGACUGAUACAUCAGAUAGUGAUACUGCAAACUCUCUUCCCAAGACUGGUUUAGACUUUUUGGACAACUGGUAAAAUUUGGAAACUUUCCUGUUAGUACCACAUCUGUAUUCUUUAAAAUUUGAUUCAUGUACUUGACAUAAUACUAAUUAAGUAACAUAAUAUAAACUGCAAGUAUUCAAAAAAUUUUUGCUUAACCCAUUAAUGACCAACUGCAAUGAAAGCUGCAUGACAAUUCGUAAUUUUCUAGGAAUAAAAAAUUUUCAGCUUUUAGAAUAACUUUUAAUCUCCAAUGAUUGAAGGUAAAAGAUGAAAAAGUGAUUUAGUUCACAAUAUCAUGAGACUAUAAUGAAAGGGAGUUGUUUUGGGUAACUCACCUUUUUCACAAAUGACCUGCUUAUUAUUACUAAAAAAUGGAAUUGUGUUCAAAUUUUGAUACAAUUAACACAUUGCUACUAUUUUUUGGAUAAAACUGAAACUUUUCAGUACUUUUUUGUUAUAUCUUCAUUAUCUAUAGUCAGAAUUCAAUUACAUGAUGAAAAUAAAUGAAAAAAAUGUAUAUUUUUGAAAUAUUGAAUAAACUUGAAAUAAAUGUUCAGUGGAAAAAGGAACAUUACUUGGAAAUUAUAAAAAACUACCUCUACAGGAUAUAAAUAUUUAUUUUCCUGAAAAGUAUUGGGUAAAUGUUGAAUGAUUUCCAAUGGGAAAUUGAAUAUGGUCCAAUGAAAUGAAAAUUAUGUCAUUUCAGUUACGAUAAAUUGUAUUCUAGGGCCCCAAAAUCCUAAAUCGGCAUUCCAAAAAGAAUCUCGAUUCAGAUGACUCUAGUUCACAUGGGAGGAUCGAUUUGAUCGACCAAUUUAUACACAAGGAUGGAUGGAUAUUGCAAAGGCAGUUAGGUUCUAACAUAGACCUUCUACCAUUCCAGAGGGAAUGUAAAUUCUUCAUAAUUAUGAUCUUAAACCACACCUAGCCUAUACAAGGAAGAGACGAGGUUGGUUUGGUAUGGUUAGAUAAUUUAAUUGUGAAAAGAGAUUCUAAAUAUAAAGUGUGUGUAACAUGUGAAAAUCUAACAAUUUACUUAUGUAAUGCAAUGUUUCGAUCCACCCAGAAUAUUUUUUCGAGUAGCAUCAAUUAUAAGAUAUAAAUUAUUGACGUUUGGAGAAAAAAAUUGAUGAAAUUUAUUAGUAGAUUUUAAUUCAGACUAUAGAUUAAUAAUUUUAUGAAAACUUUUUUGAUUGAUAAAAAUAAUUUCAAAACUAUUUGAUGUCAUUAUCCUAAUUUAAAUCGAUGAAUAGAAAUUACUCUUUAAAUGAUCAGAAGAAACAAUAUCAAUUAAAAAAUAUUUUCAAAAUUGUAUUUUGGGCAUUAAUGGGUUAAAUCGGUAUUUACUUAAUAUAACAUUGCUCUAUGUAUUAAUUGGAUUUAUCUACAUUAAGUUAAGUCAUAUUCAAAUAAAUUCCUGGACAAAAUAAAAGUAAGUUACAUUGAAAUAAUAAUGAACACCUACAAAUUAGUCGAAUAUGACUUUAACAUAACUUUAAUUAAAGUUUGUGUUUGCUUGAAAUGCAACCAAAUUGGAAAAAAAAAAGGGAAAAACAGUAUAUGAAAAUAAAUGCAUAUGGAUCUGCUCUAAUAUCCCGUAAGCCAUCCUCUACUUUUUAUCACUGCUUUCAUUCGUCGCGGCAUGCUUUAUAUCAAAUUUUCAACAAAAGCUUCCCGUAUUUUCUCAAAUUCUUCAAUAGCGACCUCAAUGAGUUGUUGUUAUUAUUAAAAACAGGCGGACUAUGAGUUUGAAUCCUCUUUUUGAGAUAGUCCCAUAGAUGUUCUAUAGGAUUCAUAUCCGAACUGUUAGAUGGCCACUCUAAUAAAGGGAUAUGACGACAUGUAAGUAGCCAAUAACCUGUUUAGUCACAUGGGUACGAGCAUUGUCCCGCAUGAAUAAAAAAUUAGGCCCAACAAACGAAGCAAAAGGCAUUACAUGUUCGACAAUAAUGUUGUCUAAGUAAUAUUGGACAUUGUACGUAUAGAAACCAAUUCCGUGCGAGUAUCGAAGCCAAAUUACUCCCAAAAACGUUUUAAAGCCACCACCAAAAGGCACUUUGAGAGAUAUUUACAGUUGGCAAACCUUUCUCCUUGCCUUCACCAGACAAGCUAACAUCUAUCUGGAGCUUUAAGGCUAACUCUAGUUUCAUGAGAGAACAGAACUCGUUUUCAAUCAUUGAUGAUCCAAUUCUGAUGUAGUCUUGUACAAUUCAAUCUCUGAACUUUGUGUUCUCUGGUAAGCAAGGGUUUUUUGGCUAGUCUUCUUUUGCUUAAUGUAAACGUCUUAUAACCGUUCGAGACGAUACAUCGGACAUAUACAUCGAAUGCUGGUGACUGAGCUACUUCUGACAGAACAUUGUCUUGAAAAAAAGGAUUAUCAAUUUGGUUAGAACAACGUUUUCGCCCUUGUCCUGAUCUUCGAUGGUACUCGUUUCAUUAUGACGUCUCACUAUGCGACUGAUGCUGGAAUGAUGUCUUCCUAACAAACAUAUAGCAACAUAUCGCUUUGAAUAUCCUUCAUUCAGGAGAGUCAAUGCUUGCACUGCCUCCUCCGUUAACAAGUUUCUUUGGCGGUUAAUUUUUUACUUUUACUUUUUACUUCCAAAUAUGCAUGUAAAAAAACAAUUACAAUCAACAGCUUGCUUCCAACAGAAAUUUGCACUUUUUAAGCAAAUGUUAACACAGUUUUAGUCUAAAAUGAGGUUUAAUACGAACUGAAAGCUAGAUUAUGUUAUAGUAGAGUUAAUUUAAAUAACCACUGUCAAACAAGGUCCAUGGCAUGAUGAGUUAAUUUUGUCCAGGAGUUUGUGUUAGUUCGCCAAGAAGAAAAUUGAUUAGAAAGUUAAUUAAGCGUCUAAAAAUUUUCCCAUUGGAUUCAUGCCUUAAAAUCUGUAUUAAAAAGUGGAAGUAUUCAAAAUUAAAUAGCAUAGAGUAGAAUAAUAAAACUACACCAAAUCUAUCUAUUCUUAAAGUUUAAAUACAUAUCAUAGUCAACGGUAUUUUAUAAUAUAACAGUACUAAUAUAGAUGCCCCAGUUGGUAUCAAUUUUAAAUAGGAAUAGAAGACUGAUGUGUGAAGUAAGUCAUCAAUUGAUAUGUUUAUAGUCACACAAUUAGAUAUUUUGUAAAACUGGAACUAUAGAAGUUGGAAACAGUCAAUUUUCAUUAUUGAAAUACAAAGUUUACUAAUUAGCAGUGAUAUAUAUAAAUAUAAUCAUACAAUUAAUUGCAUAAAAGUUUGUUUUUAUCUAAAACAGUAGAUAUUAAAUGAAUCAGGUAUUUUUGAAAGAUCAUGACUCCAUGAGAAACCAAACUUUUCAGGAGAGGCAAAAAAUUAAAUACUGUGAAAUAAUUUAAGGUCACGUGAUGUGUUUGUUAUUAAAAAAUAAAAUAGGCACAUAUUUACAUGUUGUCAUUUAUUUUGGACAAUAAAAAAUAUUCACAUUUUUGAAAAAAGUAGCAUCAAAAAUGAUGGACUUAUGUUGUUAUUAGAAUUUCUCUAAAAAUGAAAGACAAUGUAUUGGAGAAUUUGUAUUUAAUGUAAAAAAUAAUCAGCAUAUGCUUGUAAAUCCUUGAUGGUAUAGGUAAAGUCUUCACUUUCCAGAUCCUAGACUGUGAAUAAUAAACAGGGAAAUGCUUAGUUACCUGUAAUGAAAAAUAUCCUGGUUUAGGAUGUUUGGCAACUGAAUAGUUUGCAUGUAAUCCAUAGCUACCUCGUACUUCUUUCAUAGACCUCAUUUUAUCAGGAAACUUUUUCGGUCUUCCUAUUACAAACAAUUUGUUCAGCUAAUUUGACUUUAUUAGUUAUUUCAUUCAGGCUGAAACUCUUCAAUUUACCAUGAAACACUUCACAGUCACAAGAAGUGUCUACUUGAGGGCGUUCAAUUGAUAGGUUGAAAUGAUGAGAUAUCAUCUUCUACAUUUCUUCUUGUUUGUAGGUCUAUCACAUUUAAAAUGUUAUUUCCACGUAGGUCACAAGGUGCUUGUCCUGAAGCUAAUAGUUAAUAUGGAGUCUCAGUUUCAACGGAGUGAUUCCAUAAAGGCUGAGAAAAGCUUUUUUGCAAACUUUGGUUUCUCCAGCAGAAUGUGAGACAUUCGUGGAUAUCUCUAUACUCGAACUUAAACUUCUUGGCCUUUUUCUGGCCAUUCAUUGAUUGGAAUCUAAAAGAAGUAGAGAAAACGUAUCAAAAAAUCUAAACUGCAAUCGUCUCCAGUAGUUUUUGGUUGACAAAAAUUCCCCUUAUAGUUUUCGUACGGAAGAUUUUGCAGUAUUGAAUUCUUUAUAGUUUCGCAUUUAUAUUCUUUUUGUUUGACUCUUUUAAUCCAUUUCUUAUGCCUCUUCUUCACUCAUUUUUACAUCAAACAAUAAAUUCGUAUCCAUAAAAUAACUGAAAUUACUUUCGAAUUAACAAUUAACCGAAUGAACGAGAAAGAAAAGGACUUGAGUUGUUUCAAUUAUGUCAAGGUACCAGCACAAAAUGCAAAAAGUCAAUUUCGCCAAAAAGUGGACAUACGUUGUUUAAAAAAUACCUGGUUGCUGUGGGAUUAACAAUCAACCAAAUAAUUGAUGAUGACAGCUGUCGUGCAAUGUUGCUAAUAAGAAAUAGUAGAAAGAACAAAGUCCAAUAACUAGUAGCGUUUCAAAAAUAUCUCGAUUUGACAUAUAACUAAAUUAAACGAAAAGAAAAGGAGUUGUUUCAGUUAUGUCAAGGGUGCCAGCAAAAAAUGCAAAACAGUCGAUUCACGUUGAUUAAAAAAUACCUAAUUCAAUUAUUUUUAUGAUACUGACCAAUGGUGUUAUUGAUAGAUAUGAAUUGAUACAAACCAAAAAUAUCAUUCCUCUGAUAUCAUAUUGGCAGACGUUGUCGAUAAUUUGAAAAGUUAUUUUUAAAAUACCAGUAUGAAACAAUUUAAAUAAUUCUAGUUUUGACAUCGGUAAUAAUUUGAAGCAAAAUUAAAGAAAACAUAUGCUUAAAGAGAGUUUAUACUCUAUGACUUUAUCAUGGUAAUUGGUUUGGAAAUUGUAAGUAGUUGUAGAAUUUUGAUAAAUAAAAAAUUU